UCCGGGCUGGAAAAAACGCACAGCUCGUCCUUGACGAGCGGAGAGGAAGCGAAGAUGGCGGCCACCGUAGUCAGAAGUCUGGGCUCCAGUUUGGGCAAAAACCUCCGAGAGAUCCGCGUCCACCUCUGCCAGACCUCCGCGGCCAGCACGGGGGUCAGAGACUUUGUGGAGCAGCACUAUGUGACCCUGAAGAAGUCCAACCCAGACUUCCCGAUCCUGAUCAGAGAGUGUUCGGGAGUCCAGGCCCGACUCUGGGCCAGAUACGAUUUUGGUAAAGAAGGCAGCGUCUCCGUGGACAACAUGUCAGCUGAUCAGGUGGCCACAGCUCUGCACACUCUGGUCCAGUCCAAACCUUAACUCACCCGCCCCCCCACCCCCCUGAGUCCAGUACGGACUUGUCUGUAAAUGUGUUAAUGUGAAUAAACAUGAAAAUUAUUAACGUCUA